UCCCGCGCACAGUCGGCUUGAGGAUCCGCUCGUGGCCGGGCGGUCGCGCUUCUUCUCCUUCUCGUAGCUCGCAAACUCUUCACCUGUUCCAUCUUUCUCUCGUCACUCGUGUGUUCUGCGGAGGAUAGUAUACCUACUGCAGCACGUAUAUACAGUCAUAUACGGAGGAGGAAAGCGGUGACGGCCUUCGCGGUGUAUAAUAUACUGUAUACGUUAUAUAUACCGCGCGCUCACGACUAUACUUUCUCCCGCGCGACCUCACGGUGUUCUCGGCUUUUUGGUUCUUUUUUUUCCUACGAGUACACGCGCGCGAGCCGGAUGCGAGAAGUGUCAUCCUCCUUUCGGGCUGCUCGGAACCUGUUCUGAAAUAUCUAGGAUACACGGAGUCGCUUGGUUUCGGAGCUGUAGAAAAAAGUGCGCUUUGGUUUUGUUUUCUCGUGCAGCAGCACCUGAAGCAGCAUUCCACGAGGACGUGUACACCGCAGUGCAACUGUACUCGCCGACACGUCUACUGGACACACAUAAGUGCGCUAGGAGGAUCGCCCAUUAACGUCGCCGCCGAGAGAGCCGCUGCAGCGGAUUUUACAGCUCUGUACUUGAAAGGUGCAGUGGAUCGCGCAGAUGAGCCGUUGGAGGAAUGGAGCAUCGCCGCGAAGAGCCGAUUCUCACGCCUGAGGUCCUCGACGCCCACGACAAGUAGAUACUCCGCAGCGGGACAUGUCGCUGAGAUAACACAGCAGCUGCAAUCGAGGCAAAAAGGCAAAAUCGAACGGCUCCUCGUCGGAUCAAGAGAUAGCGCGUUGUAUAGUCGAGGCCGUAAGAGAGCAAAGCAAGCAGCAUAGAUGAUGGCGUUUCCGCGGCGACGCAGCCUCUGGCUCAAGGUUGCGAUCCUGGCCGGAGCCGUAUGGCUGACCGUCUGCUUCCUCCUCUACACGGAGGACAGAGCCGCCGUGGCUGCCGCCGAUCAGGUCCAGCAGGUCGUGCAGCAGCAGCAACAGCCGGUCGCCGCGCCUCAGAUGGCCAAUGGCUUUGUGCCGCCCAUGGCCCAGUCCGUCAAGCGGGAGACUCAGGGAAACGGAGCCAGCAAGCCGAAGAUCAACCAGGCUGGUCCCGAGCAGGGCGGCGGAGUACUGGUGGCGCCGAGGGAUCAAGACACGUCGGCUCCAGGUGAAAUGGGCAGACCGGUUAUCCUGCCGGCGAAUCUGACGACGGAAAUCAAGAAGCUCGUGGACGAUGGAUGGAUCAACAAUGCUUUCAAUCAGUACGCCAGCGAUUUGAUUUCCGUUCACAGAUCGCUGCCAGAUCCUCGAGACCCUUGGUGCAAAGAGCCGGGCAGAUACCAGAAGGACCUGCCGCCCACGGCCGUCAUCAUAUGCUUCCACAACGAGGCCUGGUCGGUGCUGUUGCGGACGGUCCACUCGGUCCUCGACAGGUCGCCCGACCACCUCAUCCAGGAAAUCAUCCUCGUCGACGACUACUCCGACAUGCCCCACCUGAAGCGUCAGCUGGAGGACUACAUGAUGAACUACCCUAAGGUGAAGAUCCUUCGAGCGUCGAAACGCGAAGGGCUGAUCAGGGCUCGACUGCUCGGGGCGGCGAUGGCCAAGGCACCGGUGCUGACGUACCUCGACAGUCACUGCGAGUGUACCGAGGGAUGGCUCGAGCCACUGCUCGAUCGAAUCGCCCGAAAUCAGACGACUGUCGUCUGUCCCGUCAUCGACGUCAUCGACGACACCACUUUGGAGUACCAUUGGAGGGACUCGGGCGGUGUCAACGUCGGCGGUUUCGACUGGAACCUCCAGUUUAACUGGCACGCGGUGCCGGAGCGCGAGAAGAAGCGACACAAGAAUCCGGCGGAGCCGGUCUGGUCGCCGACCAUGGCUGGCGGCCUCUUCGCCAUCGACCGGCUGUUCUUCGAGCGUCUCGGCACCUACGACAGCGGCUUCGACAUCUGGGGUGGCGAGAACCUCGAGCUCUCCUUCAAGACUUGGAUGUGCGGCGGAACGCUGGAGAUAGUGCCGUGUUCACACGUGGGCCACAUCUUCCGUAAACGCUCGCCCUACAAAUGGCGCAGCGGCGUGAACGUGCUCAAGAGGAAUAGCAUCAGGCUCAGCGAGGUCUGGCUCGACGAGUACGCCAAGUACUACUACCAGAGGAUAGGCCACGACAAGGGAAAUUACGGAGACGUGUCGGACCGUAAAGCGCUGCGGAAGAAUCUCGGCUGCAAGUCUUUCAAAUGGUAUCUCGACAAUAUUUACCCGGAGCUCUUCAUUCCCGGCGAGGCGGUCGCAUCCGGCGAGGUGCGAAACUUGGGCGAGGGCGGCAACACCUGUUUGGAUUCGCCUGCACGCAAGGCCGAUUUGCACAAGCCGGCCGGGCUCUACCCAUGCCAUCGCCAAGGAGGCAACCAGAUCCGACACUUGGCUAGCCGAUUGUGCAUAGACUCGCCAGGCAACCCGGAAGACCUGCACCAGGCUGUAGGCUUCUAUGAAUGUCAUAACCAGGGCGGCAAUCAGUACUGGAUGCUCAGCAAGACCGGAGAGAUACGCAGAGACGAGUCGUGCCUGGACUACAGCGGCACCGACGUCAUACUCUACCCCUGCCACGGCAGCAAGGGCAACCAGCAGUGGACCUACAAUACUCAGACGAAGCAGAUCAGGCACGAGAGCAGCGGCAAGUGCCUGGCGAUAACGGAGAGCAAGCAGCGGCUGCUGAUGGAGGAGUGUUCACCGGCUGCGCCCCGGCAGAGGUGGGCCUUCGAAAACUACGACCCCUCGAAGCUGUGAUACCGCGUCCCCCUGAGGGCGCUGCAACAGCGCCGACUGCACCAGCUCGCGACGUACCUCGGCCCUCGACUCCUGCCAGGGAAAUCCAGAUCCAGGAUACGCCAACGAGGCGCCAACGACUAGCGAGACAAGACUAUUCCUACUACUGCUACCACUACCACUACACAUUCCGACUUAUCUUCCCAGCGUUCCACUUCCGCGCUCCUGUGAGACGCAUUUUUUUCUUACGCGUGAAGAAGAAGAAGAAGAAGAAGAAGAAGAAGAGAGACGACGAAUUAUUAUUGUAUGCACUGUUGGCGAUUGUGCUAUGUUAUGAUAUUGUGUAUUGUUGCGACGAGUUUUCUUCUGGGAAAAUUUAUUAUUAUUACUAUUAUUAAUGAUUAUUAAUUAUUAUUAUAGCUAUUAUUACGAUUAUUAUGCAUCUAUGUAUCGCGUGGAGGCGGAUAUUCCCUCGAGUCUUCUCUCGUUGUUGGACGUUCUUUUUUUCGAGCUUCGAGGGAGGGGGGCGAUGAUGAUGACGAAGCGAGACAGAGAAGUAUCUAGACGUGUAACGAAUAAUGGGCUUAACGCGUUCAGUUUGUGCGCUCGUCCGCACACGUUGAAAAAUUAUUUUUAUAUUUUUUCUAUAAUACGAACGAAAUGACAGAGACUUGACGUAGGCCUUGUACAUUUCUGUAAAAUAAAUUCAACUACGAUCAAUGCCAGUUUAUUUUAGAAUUUAAGACGCCACGCGAGUUCGCUCGACGGAGAUUGAAAGAAAGAGAUGUAUAAUGUAAACAAAGUAACAAAAGUAACGAGAGAAAGAGAGCCGAGUGCAUUGAGAUUCGCGAAAGAGAUUUUUUCCGGACUAAUUAGAGAAAAAGGAUUAUUAUAAAGCGCAAGGUGCUGUGCGAAAGAGAGACAAAUAAAGUAUAGAAAUACGAAUAGAGAGAUAGAGAGAGAGAAAGUGUGAAAGCCGAGUGUAUACUACUGUACAUGAGAGUCUGUGUGCGCGAGACUUUAAAUUAGCUCAUUACUAGUUGCCAAUUAUUGUAAUCAAUAAAUAAUUCCAAGGCCCCUCGCGUUUGGGCGUCAGCCCCCCCCCCCCCCCCCCCACCACCACUCACCUUUCUAUCAAUCGCAUCGAGGAAAAAUACUCCUGUAACUUGGGCCAAUCGAAUCGCUUUUCCACAAUCAGCCGUCGCUCUUUCCGUUCUUAAUUAAGCUCUGAACGACUGCGCAUCUGUCAAUUGCUUUAUUUUAAUGGACGAAUCGAGGAUUCCACACGAACACGAUAAGCUACUUUGGUUUGCCACUCAUUUAAUUGUCAAAGAGAAGAGGAAGGAAACUAAUCAAGCGUCUACCGGCUGAUACUAAGUGCUUCUACUAACUUCCAUUCCCGACUGGGAGACAGACAGAGAUUCGAUUCGAUUGUAACGAGUGCGCGUGCGUGAUUGCGUGUGUGUGUAUUCAGUGCGGCGAAUAAGUACGUCUGUAAAUCCGUUGAGAUGAUGGCAUUGUCAAAAGAUUAAAAACGAAAAAAAAUGAAAGAGAUUAAUAUAGAGAGAAAGAAAGGUUUAUAUACGGACGAAUAUACAUGCAUAUUAUACAUAUAUAAAUAUAAAUACACAAGAACAUUUUCUACAUUUGGUAAGGAUGUGGCAUAUCGUAAGAGAAAGUGACAUAUGAGACAGCGCGGCGACAUUGCACUACGCGAAUUCUCCAGGGCGCGAUGCGCGCCGCGCGUUUAUCGAUGUAAUAUCGAACGUGCCUUAUAUUUCGUGUAAAUAACUAUUACGAGUUAGAAUUUAAACAAGAAAACUAUUAUUGUCAUCAUCACGGCGAAAGAAAGAAAGAAAACAAACUCUACGAUAUCGUGCAAGCAUUUGUGUUGAAUAAAAUCGAUGUUGUUUUAUGUUA